CAGCGCUGUGUGUAAUAAACUCCUAUGCUUGACCUCUACACGGUGUGGAUUUAUGUCCUUCACUACUGGCUGGGGACAGAGUACAUCUAUCAGAUCGCCAAGCAGAAGGUCUACCAGGUCAGGUUUGUCAUCCACGAUUCAUCCGGCACCAUGAAAUACGCAGACUACAACCUCUUCGGUCUGGAAGACGAGCCCAAAGGCUACAGGCUGAGGCUGGGCUCUUACACUGGGACUGCAGGGGAUGCCAUGACUUCAAACAAUCCUACCACCGUGCAUGACAACAUGAAGUUCUCUGCUAAAGACCUGGAUCAGGAUGCUUCCAGUGGGAACUGUGUGUCUAGCUAUGGUGGGGGCUGGUGAUACUUGGCUUGUUAUUCUGUUCGACUGAAUGUCAAAGGGAGCAUCACUCGGGGUAGUUUCUGUAGUGGGAAGUGCCAAGCCUCUGCCAUCCUCAUCAAACCAGCGUCCUACUGUUAGUCACCCCUUCCCCACCCUCCUGUCUGCAGUG